CAUGAUGUUAUCCGUUUGGUUUAAUGUAUUAUAGCGUUUGAUUUGUUCAAUGGCACCCACAACUCGGAUAGCCUGUCAAUGUUUUUAUAAUUGUUUUAAUUAGUGUGUUGUUCGUCUUUCAGAAAAGUUCACUUUCAAACAAAACUUACGGAUGUUAAAAGCAGUUCAAAAUUUUAACCAUUUUGGAAGAAAUUUUACGAAAUACAGAAGCAUGUCUAAGCACGCUGUUCUCGAUUUUCAUUUAAGCGAUGUCCAAAGUAUAAUACCGCAAUUAACAUCAAAGCAGCAUAAAGGUGAAGCUGGUCGGAUUGGUAUUAUAGGAGGUAGCAGAGAGUAUACAGGAGCGCCAUAUUUUUCUGCUAUGACAGCGCUUCGUCUUGGCGCUGACUUAGCACAUGUGUUUUGUUCUCAAGAUGCUGGUACUGCAAUCAAGUGUUACAGUCCUGAUCUGAUUGUGCAUCCAAUUCUAAAUGACUCAGAUGCGUUUGAACAGCUGGAAAAUUGGUUGCAGCGGCUACACGUGGUUGUUAUUGGUCCUGGCUUAGGGCGGGACGACACCACAGUCGAAUUGUCUUAUCGUAUCAUACAAAAGUUAAAAUCUAGUGGCGUAACUACAAUCAUUGAUGCAGAUGGCUUGCAUGUGUUGACGAAGUUUCCAGAUUUAAUGGAAAACUUCUCAACUGCUGUUGUAACACCGAACGAAAUUGAAUUUCAAAGAUUGUGCUCUGCUGUAUCAAUUGAAAUCGACGAAGAUGCAGAUUUUAACUUUUCACAACGUUUUAAAAAUGUUACUGUUGUUCGGAAAGGCGCUGUUGACAAGAUAUUUAAUUCAGAAUUUAAAACUGUUGCUAUUGGUGGAAGCAAUCGACGAUGUGGAGGACAGGGUGAUAUAUUGUCUGGAGCCAUCGCAGUUUUUAGUCAUUGGGCAGAGAUUUCGAAAAAUGAACACAAGACACUUCUUGCGGGGUAUGGUGCCUGUAGGUUCACAAAGAAGCUGAACGAAGUUGCUUUUGUUGAGAACGAUAGAGGGAUGAUAACUAAUGACAUGGUUGCGAAAAUUCCUUCUGUAUUUAAACAACUGUUUGAGGAAGUAUGAUGUGGAAAAAAAUAUUUUAUUUUUGUAAAAGGUACCAACUGUCUUGAUAAAAUAUUUAUGUAAAUAAGAAGUUUUUUUCGACGUAUAUUAACUGUAUUUUUUAGAAAUACAAGCCUCUUGUUUGUUCCUU